GAUCUGGGAGACAAAUAUAACGCACAGAGCCGGUUUGUAGAGGCAAAGCAACUCUUUAAAUGCGCACUCACCAUCCUGAAAAGAAUUGGUCACAAAAGAAAAGAAGCACAGACUCAUCAGAGACUUGGAAAUGUCUAUGCUAGCCUCAGUAAAUAUCAAAAGGCUAAAGAAUAUCACGAGAAAGCUCUUGCCAUCGUGAUAGAAAUUGGCGACAGAGAAGGAGAAGGAACAACAUACGGGAGCCUCGGAACUGUGUUUCAUUUCCUUGGCGAAUAUCAGAAGGCUAAAGAAUAUUACGACAAAGCACUUGCCAUCGCGAUAGAAAUUGGCGCCAGAGGAGGAGAAGGAACAACCUACGUGAACCUUGGAAGUGUGUUUCAUUCCCUUGGCGAAUAUCAGAAUGCUAAAGAAUAUCACGAGAAAGCACUUGCCAUCGCGAUAGAAAUUGGCGACAGAGGAGGAGAAGGAAGAGGAUACGUGCACCUCGGAAAUGUGUUUCAUUCCCUGGGCGAAUAUCAGAAUGCUAAAGAAUAUUACGAGAAAGCACUUGCCAUCGCGAUAGAAAUUGGCGACAGAGGAGGAGAAGGAAGAGGAUACGUGCACCUCGGAAAUGUGUUUCAUUCCCUUGGUGAAUAUCAGAAUGCUAAAGAAUAUCACGAGGAAGCACUUGCCAUCGGGAUAGAAAUUGGCGACAGAAGGGUAGAAGGAAAAACAUACUUGAACCUCGGAACUGUGUUUCGUUCCCUUGGCGAAUAUCAGAAUGCUAAAGAAUAUCACGAGAAAGGACUUGCCAUCGCGAUAGAAAUUGGCGACAGAAGCACAGAAGGAAAAGCAUACGGGAACCUCGGAACUGUGUUUGAUUCCCUUGGCGAAUAUCAAAAUGCUAAAGAAUAUCACGAGAAAGCACUUGCCAUCGCGAUAGAAAUUGGCGACAGAGGAGGAGAGGGAUUAACAUACGGAAACCUCGGAAGUGUGUUUCAUUCCCUUGCCGAAUAUCAGAAUGCUAAAGAAUAUUACGAGAAAGCACUUGCCAUCGUGAUAGAAAUUGGCGACAGAGGAGGAGAAGGAACAAUAUACGGGAACCUCGGAGGUGUGUUUUAUUCCCUUGGCGAGUAUCAAAAUGCUAAAGAAUAUUACGAGAAAGCACUUGCCUUCGUGAUAGAAAUUGGCGACAGAGGAGGAGAAGGAACAAUAUACGGGAACCUCGGAGGUGUGUUUUAUUCCCUUGGCGAGUAUCAGAAUGCUAAAGAAUAUCACGAGAAAGGACUUGCCAUCGCGAUAGAAAUUGGCGACAGAAGCACAGAAGGAAAUGCAUACGGGAACCUCGGAACUGUGUUUGAUUCCCUUGGCGAAUAUCAAAAUGCUAAAGAAUAUCACGAGAAAGCACUUGCCAUCGCGAUAGAAAUUGGCGACAGAGGAGGAGAGGGAUUAACAUACGGAAACCUCGGAAGUGUGUUUCAUUCCCUUGCCGAAUAUCAGAAUGCUAAAGAAUAUUACGAGAAAGCACUUGCCAUCGUGAUAGAAAUUGGCGACAGAGGAGGAGAAGGAACAAUAUACGGGAACCUCGGAGGUGUGUUUUAUUCCCUUGGCGAGUAUCAGAAUGCUAAAGAAUAUUACGAGAAAGCACUUGCCAUCGCGAUAGAAAUUGGCGGCAGAAGUGAAGAAGGUGCAGCAUACUGUAGACUUGGAGCGGUGUACAUAAAUCUUAAUAAAAAUCGGAAAGCUGAAGAACAUUUUGACAAAGCAGUCGGCGUCAGUAUUGCAAUUGGUGACAGAGAAAUGGAAGCCAUCGCUUUUGCAGGUUUGUCAUGUGUCUCUGAUUCUGUAAACGACAGUCAGAAGGCAAAAGAACAUUGUGAGAAGGUGCUUACAAUCAGCAGAGAAUGUGGCAAUAGAAAGCGCCAAGCAGAACUAUACCUACACGUUGGACUUCUAUCUCAAUCAGUUGGUGAAUAUGAUAAGGCAGCAUAUUAUUUACAGAAAGCUUGUUCCAUAAGCAGCCAAAUUUGAGACAAAAUGACUGAGUUUCAAUGCCUUAUCUUUUUUACAAAGUUAAAGAUAUCGCAGUCGGAGGUUGUGGAGGCAAUGGAAUAUCUUCUCCAAGGUAUUGAAAAAUAUGAACAAAUCAGAACUCUUCAGAAAGGAAACAGUGGAUUUGAAAUUUCUCUAUUAGAGCAACGCGGUACUUUUCCCUACAAGUUACUCACUCACCUCCUUUGCGAUACGGGAAAAUUUCGAGAUGCUCUCUAUGUUGAGGAGCUGGGACGAGCAAGAGUCCUCGCAGAACUCAUGGCAGACAAGUACUCCGCUGAAAGCCACAUCUCAGCUAAUCCACGAUCAUGGUUCGGGAUUGAAAACAUCGCGAGAAGAGAAAGUAACUGUGUGUUUUUGUACAUUUCGUAUGAAGAUCGGCAGUGA